AUGGCCGACACCGACAGCCUCGAGGCCCUGCAGGGCCUGCACCGUGACUUGCUGGCCCUCUCCGAGGCGCGUCUACCGAACAUCGGGCGCCUGGAGGUCGAGCUGUUCGCGCGCGUCGACGAGUUCAAGAAGCUCCUGGACAAGCCCCGCAAGAAUGAUAAGAGUCGCGAGGCGCUCAAGAGUGACACGCUUGAGAUCGACGACGAGAAGUACCAGGUAAACGAUGAGUUUAAACAGGACGUCGUUCGCGCCGCCGACUUCAUGGACCUCGACGAGAUCGAAGCCGCCAAGCUGUGCCUCGCCGCCCAGGAUGACGCUGUCGAGCUCGACCGUUCGCUCUACGCCGCUGCCAUCAUCCGCUUCCACAAGCGCCGACAGUUCCUUCUCGAAUCCCUGCGCCUCGUGCUGAAGCAGUCCCACGAUCCCGAGGGAAACGAAGAGCUUGCUACCUUCUUUGGCGAGUACGUGCGUAGGGUCUUGGACAUCAACGAGCAGAUGCGUCUGGAGAAUGGCCAUGCCUACUGGCAGAAGUGCCUGGCAAGCAUGGGUGACAUUGAGCGGUGGCUGCAGGGAUUGGCCGAUCUGAUGCUUGCUGGCAACAUGGUUGGCAAGCCCGCUGAAGAGAUGGAAAUGAUUGAGUUCCAACGCUCCAGCUUGACGCGCCAGCACGAGUCCUUGGCCGCCAUCUGCACCCACCUGAUCAAGGCUGGCUACACCAGCAUUGAUAACUUCCGCGUCCUCGUAGGGACUCUCAAGACCCUGAACAAGCACGACCUCGUCCUCGUCCAUUAUAUUCCCAUCAUCACCUCGUCGAUCAACCAGCUCGUGUCUUCGGAAGGUUCUUCGUCCCUGGAAGAUGCGCGCGCUCUCCACAAGGUUGUCGUUGCUGGCGAUGGUUGGAAGCUUCGCAACUUCCACGCCGCCAUCAUCGUGUGGUGGCUUGUUGAGUACAGCGGCAGAUACGUCGACCCCGCUCCUCUGAACGGAGUUGAUCUUGAUGCCGAAGCCGAAGAGCGAUCACAGUUGUUCCUGGACUCAUUGAAAGACGGCGCCUUCCACUUCAUGCUCUCCGUCAGCCAAGAUGUCAGACCAAACAGAUGGUACGACCCAGCAAAGGCGCGGUUAUUGUCCUUCGUUCUCCAGGAUGCACCUUCGUUGCCAGCCGACUCGAUACCCAUCUCGGAUUUCUUUCAAGCCGUCUUCACGGAGCAAAUGCAGCUCUUUGUCGACUCUUUCAUCACCAACAUGCCCGACACGCUGCGGAAGCUCAAAGUGGAGGAGGACGACAAGCGUCGAAUGAUUCAUUCGCGAUUCCACCCUGGACCCGUUGAGCAGGAGCUACACCUCGAGCGGUUCUUCCUUGUUAUUUCGUAUGCCUUCGCUGAAAGCCCUGAUGCCGCCCAGAGCUUUUGGUCCGACACCGACGGCAAUCUCUAUGGUUUCUUGCAAUGGGCAGCAAAGCGGCAAACCACGCCACGCGCCGCUGCGUUCUGUGAGAUGCUAAAGUCUUUAACAGAGGGUGAGGAUUGCGCCGCCGCUGCACACAGGUUUUUACAGGAAGAAGGCGCAGUAGCUUCCGGCAAGCUUCGCCGAACCACUUCUCUGAGCUACCAGCAUAUCCUGAGCGAGUUGCAAUUUUACGCAACAAGCAUCAAGGAAAAACCAACCCCUUCUCCUGCGAUGCGUUACCAACGAUCUGCUCAAGAUUCCGAUGACUAUCUUGUUGAGCCCGAGACUGGCUUGAUGCUCGAAUGCCAUUUGAGACUACUUACUCAUUUGUGCAGGGAAAGCUCCGAGGCACGCAGCUGGAUCUUGACCAAUCCCAAUUUCCCUGUUGUUGAGAUGCUUCUUCAGCUUGCAACUAUUCCCAUGGAGAGCCGGCUGAGAGCAAAUGUCUUCAGCGUGCUUAGCUCCCUACUCGUCGCAAAAACUGUUCCGGUCGGAGACAGCAUAUGGACCCAACUGGAUUCUUGGAUAACUCACAAUGCUGUACCGCUUGCCAUAACUUCGCGGACUACAGGUUCCGUUAGUGCAGAGAAGAUUCUCUUUGACACAGUCGCAACAGACUACGACGAAGCAACGGCCUUCAUGAGUCUUUUGACGGCUUUGGUCGCGCCUUACGCUGAUGAUACCGGACUACACGACACUCUUCCGUUCCCUGAGACGCUAGGCUCCAGCUACCGUAUGCCAGGGAUUGACAAGUACGUCGAUUUCGCGCUCGAGCGUGUCUUCGGCCAGCUGUGUAAAAAGAUUGAGGAGCCACUGCAGUUGCGCGUCCUGCGCUGGCACUGUCUUAACUUCAUCUCAGUCUGCUUAUCCACAUUCAACGAAGAUCUAGUCGUCUUCGCUAACUCAUCAAACCUGCCCGUGGAAACUGCAAUGCACUCCUCCUCAUUACUUGCCUACGUGCAGCUCCACCCGUUCGCUCGCGUCAUGGAGUGGCUCUUCAACGACAACGUAAUUUCUUCUCUUUUCGCCGCUGCCCAUCAAGAUGUUGCAGAGGUCAACGACUCCACACCCGAUUCCCCCCUGCUUCUCUCUUUAGUGAAGAGCAUUGAGGUAUUGGACUUGGUCAUGAGACUCCAAAAUACGUACCUUGACAUUGAAAGGGGCGGGAUUCGAUCGCAGAGUGCCACACAGAAGAGAAGGGUUGCGAACACGGCCCUCGCCUCUUUCGAGGAUGCGAUUCUCAACAACCUCUAUGUUGUCGUCGACCUCGGACUGUACUGCGGCACUGGACAGCAGGACUUGACUCUUUGCUCCAUACAUCUGCUGGAAAAGCUCACUUCGUCACGCAAGCUUGUCGUGUCACCUAUGGCAGGCUUCGGACAGCGGUCUGAUCGGAGUAAAGUGAUUGGUAUCAUGGAAAAAGAAAACGACUCGGAGCGGAUUGCCAAGGCUUUAACAGCGGAGAUGGAGCUUGAUCAAAGAGAAUUCGAGCAAGGCCCAGAAGCGCCGGGCUACCUCAUCAAAAUGGGCAUCCUAGACUUCCUAAACAGCUGUCUCGAGGCCAUCCCCAACCGCCCUACAGUCGCACACCUCUUGCUUGGCUUCAGCUGCGGGGUGAGCACAUUGGAUAUCCCGGAUGAUGGCUUGUUCGCUGCUGGUCAUUCGCUGUUCCACUCUGUCUUACGUCUCGCGAUCGAAUACCCAGAGAUGAUCAGCGAGUCUUUUGCUCCAUGGUCCAGCGGGAUCAAGCAAAAGUGCAUCAACAUCCUGAUGAAACUAUGGAGGUCGCCUCUGUCAUCGGCAUUUGUCAUGGCUGAGCUGCGAGCAAGCGACUACUUCCAGAGCCAGAUGCUGCGACAGCAUCUUGUAGAUAACAACACAUUGUUCUCUGGCAGAAACAUUACUGAUCCCGACUUCAUCUUCCAUCCCUCUGCUGUUGCGUUGGAAAAAUUCCUCCAGCAGAGGACAGCCUUUUUCGAGUACACCGCCAGAGAACUUCGCCUGAUCGGGGGCUUGCCAACACUCCGAGCACGGAUGCAAACGGCUUUACUCGGUGUGACCGUCCUUCCCGAUAGCGAACAGAUAGCCAACCCAAGCGUCUUUGAUUUGUUCGAUUUCAUGGAGCUUGAGGUUGUGGGCGAUUACGAGCUUCCUGAGCUACCGUUGCUGGGCACCAUGGACUUCGACAUAUGCUUAUCACAGGACUCCUCUACCGGUCGGAAAUACGACAUCCGGCAUGUCGAGGAGUUGAUUACCAUCAGGUCGAAUGAGCUGCGCAAAGCCGGUAGGAUUCUUUCGCCUGUUGAGGAGCAGCAGAUGCAAGCCGAUGGUCAACUCGUUUUAGGCUAUCUCGUCGGCGUCAACCAACGGAAGGAUAUCGCACGCGCUCGGGGAGAAGUCCUCAAGGCCUGGACUCAACUUAUGAUGGUCCUUUUGGAGAAGGGCGAAUUCGAUGAAAGCACGAAGACUUCGUUCAUUCUUCAGGCUCUUCAAGUGAUCCUACCAAAGCUCGAGAAGGCUUAUACUGAAGACGUCAGCACUGCAAUUGAUCUUGCCGACCUCGCGCGCAGGCUUUUGGCAAAUGUUAACUUCAAGUCCAAGUCGAUUGAAGAGAAGGGAAGAACAAGCGAUCUUGCCAAAGACAGAUUGUUGCAGCUCUUCCGGGUGGCUCUCAGCGGAAUAUUCUGCUUAGUGUCUAAUGCAGAGCUACGCGAGAUCUGCUACCAGAUCUGCUACCGCUACCUCCGUGGGACGGCCAACAAUGCAGGUAAACCUGCAAACGCCGGUGGCUUUGGCCGCUCUUUCAGCGGAACCCUUAACGCAUCAGCUCUGGUCAAGAGCUCACCGCCACCAUCGACCCUCAACUCUCAGGCCAUGCGCACUGUCAAGUCGGCAGGAAGUAAAAUGGUUGAUGUAGUCUGCGACGACUCGUAUGCAGGCCAAGGGACUUGCAGAAUUUCUGCUCUCCUCUUCCUGGAUGCUCUUGUGGCGCUCAGUGCUCGCGAGGAUGAAAGAUAUAUCAUCGACUCGCUAGUACGGCUCAACUUCAUUGACGUGCUCGUAGACAGUAUCAAGCUUAUUCCGACGGAGCUCCGGACCACCAGCGCAGCCGACGUACCUCUCCUACUUUCAUUCAUUGACGCCUACCUAGCCCUCCUCCUCCGCAUCUCCCAGACUAAAUCCGGCGCCGCUCAAGUCCUGAACGCCGGUCUUUUCUCCUCGAUCCGCGAAUCACAAAUCUUCUCAACAGACCCAGAUUUCGGCUUUGGUACGAGAACACCAACCUUGGCAACAAUUCCCCUACACCAACAACAACAAAGCCGCCUUGCCAAAAAGAGCAACAGCAGCAGCAACACGCCCCUACCAUGGGAAACACCAUCAUCGUCGUCAAAAGAGAAGAAAAACACGGCUAACACACCGGACCUGCGUCCCGCGAGCAACACAGAAAUCGACAACCCGCACGCCCUCCGCAAGUUCUUCGACCUGAUGCUCAGCGUGCUGCGCGUCGUCAACUCGGUCGUGGUGGUGCGCGGCCCGCAGAACGAGCAGUGCCGCCAGCAGGCGCGUGACUUCAUCGCCGACAACCGCAUGAGCGUCGUCGCCGUCUUCAAGCGCGCCGCCAGGAAGGGUGGGCCCGGCGAGCAGGCGACCGGCGCCGAGCUGGAGGAGUUGGUGGAUAACUUGUGUCUGUUGAUGACGGCGACGGAUUUCUUGGAGUGGGAGGAGAAGGAGUCGCAGAGGCCAGGGAUGCUGGCGUCGUUCUCGUAA